CCACCGCACAAUCACCCCGCUCUCCGGAAACGCCACACGCCCCCCUCCAUUUGACUCGCCGUCGUCAUGCUUCCUAGGGUUGCCGCCUCCUCUCCGCCCGCCGCCGUGCCGCCCCCCCAGAUCGCCGGCGCGCCCGCUUUUGUCAGCCUUCCUGUGCCGCGUGUUGCUGGAGCCGCGCCGGUGUGCAGGGCGGCGGGAAAGGGGAAGGAGGUGCUCAGCGGCGUGCUGUUCCAGCCGUUCGAGGAGCUCAAGGGGGAGCUCGCCCUCGUCCCGCAGGCCAAGGACCUGUCUCUUGCUAGGCAAAAGUUCGUCGACGAGUGCGAGGCCGCCAUCAACGAGCAGAUCAAUGUGGAGUACAAUGCGUCGUACGCGUACCACUCCCUCUUCGCCUACUUCGACCGUGACAACGUUGCUCUCAAGGGCUUCGCCAAAUUCUUCAAGGAAUCCAGCGAUGAGGAGAGGGAGCACGCUGAGAAGCUCAUGAAGUACCAGAACAUGCGUGGAGGAAGGGUGAGGCUCCAGUCCAUUGUCACGCCCUUAACAGAGUUCGACCAUCCUGAGAAAGGCGAUGCAUUGUAUGCUAUGGAGUUGGCUUUGGCGCUUGAGAAGCUGGUCAACGAGAAGUUGCACAACCUGCACAGUGUAGCAACAAGGUGCAAUGAUCCCCAGCUAACUGACUUUGUUGAGAGUGAAUUCCUUGAGGAGCAGGUUGAAGCCAUCAAGAAGAUCUCUGAGUACGUUGCCCAGCUCAGAAGAGUGGGACAGGGGCAUGGGGUGUGGCACUUUGAUCAGAAGCUGCUUGAGGAGGAGGCUUGAAUUGAGGAGACGGUGAAAUUAGUAGGUUUCUUCCAUCCAUGGGGUCAUGCGGGUAAAAGGAAGAAAAUAAGUUGGAAGUCGUCGUCUGUGUAUUCGCCAAAUUAAGUUCGCAGUAGCAUUGAAGUGAAUGAAUCGACAAUAGGUCAUUCACUUCCCCUUGUGUUAGGUUAUUAGUAGAGCUUGAGAAUCAUGUAUGUGUCGCGCGUCCUACCAAAAAGGAAAAUACAUGUUGAUGCUGUACUGGAGGGGCACAUUACUACAUUUACAUGUUUGUUGGUUGAGAGAUUUUGUUGGCAGCCAAUAAGACAGAACAAUACAAUAAUCCCUUCUGUUCUGUGGUGAUA